CUUCAGCGGAGUGCCCGAGAAACCAAACAAACCAGCUUCGGUCUCUUCCUGCAGUAUAAGCCUCUGAGAGAUCUUGCAAUAUCACAACCUACACAGUACACGCAUACUACUCUUGCUUCUUCUUUCCCUCUUCCUCCUUCCUCGACGCCAUGGCCUCCGCCACUUUCACCAACCUCAACUCUCUCUCCUCACAGUGGAUCGGCCAGCCCUCAUCCUUCUCUUCCCACCCGGGAUCAUCCAUUCGCCUCGCUGCCCGCCGUGUCUCCGUCCCGAUCCGCGCAUCCUACACCGACGAGCUCAUCCAGACCGCCAAAUCUAUUGCGUCCCCUGGGCGGGGAAUCCUGGCUAUUGAUGAGUCAAAUGCAACUUGUGGUAAGAGGUUAGCAUCUAUUGGGUUGGACAAUACUGAAACCAAUCGCCAAGCCUACAGACAACUUUUGUUGACCACACCUGGCCUCGGAGAUUACAUUUCUGGUGCUAUUCUAUUUGAGGAGACCCUUUACCAGUCAACUACAGAUGGAAAGAAGUUUGUGGAUUGUCUACGCGAGGAGAAGAUUGUACCUGGCAUCAAAGUUGACAAGGGUUUGGUCCCGCUGCCAGGGUCUAACAAUGAAUCUUGGUGCCAAGGUCUAGAUGGAUUGGCCUCAAGAUCUGCUGAAUACUAUAAGCAAGGUGCUAGAUUUGCAAAGUGGCGAACAGUUGUUAGCAUUCCAAGCGGUCCUUCUGCAUUAGCUGUUAAAGAAGCUGCAUGGGGACUUGCACGAUAUGCUGCCAUCUCUCAGGAUAAUGGUCUUGUUCCCAUUGUAGAGCCUGAAAUCCUUCUUGAUGGGGACCACCCAAUUGAAAGGACACUAGAAGUAGCAGAGAAAGUUUGGGCAGAAGUAUUCUUCUACUUAGCUGAAAAUAAUGUUGUGUUUGAGGGAAUAUUGCUCAAACCUAGCAUGGUGACACCUGGAGCUGAACACAAGGAAAAGGCUUCCCCAGAAACCAUUGCUAAAUGUACUCUCACAAUGCUCAAACGAAGAGUUCCACCUGCAGUCCCAGGAAUCAUGUUUUUAUCUGGUGGGCAAUCUGAAGUGGAGGCAACACUAAAUCUUAAUGCGAUGAACCAAAGUCCCAACCCAUGGCAUGUUUCCUUCUCAUAUGCACGUGCACUGCAGAACACGGUGCUUAAGACAUGGCAAGGGCGGCCGGAAAAUGUAGAAGCAGCACAGAAGGCUCUUUUGGUGCGUGCAAAAGCUAACUCAUUGGCUCAACUUGGAAAAUACUCUGCUGAGGGUGAAAGUGAGGAAGCCAAGAAGGGAAUGUUUGUGAAGGGUUAUACCUACUAAAGUUGAGGCAUAUUCGAUGCCUUGUGGCUAUUUGAGCAUUCCUCUUGUUAGCAGUGAACGCUGAUGAGACUUAGUUGUAUUGUAUUAUUAUUAUUUUACUUCCUUCUAGCUAAUGAGUAUGAAUAAAGCCGGCGAGAAAGAAAGGUUUUGGCUUAGUUGAGGUUGUGGAUUAGUGAAAGCCCGCAAGGGACAAGGAAAAACAAGUGAAAGGAAAUUUGCGUUACUUUGUUUUUGUUGUCUCCUUUUUUUUUUUUUUAAAUUUAACAAAGGCUAUGUAACUUAUAGAUUUUACUUUCAGUAAUUGGAUGGUGUUUGAUGGA